AUGAGCGAUGCGUCACAGCCGCGGCGACGAUUUACACGACAAGAAUCCAACAUUGCAGCACCAAUAGUAGGUGGGAGUAUACCCGAAUCCAUCACACAAGACCCUCUACUGAACGGCGCCAUUGCAGCACUUUUGCCGCCAAACUACAAUUUUGAAAUUCACAAGACCAUUUUCCAGAUUCGCAAAUUCGACGCGGAAUGUGUUGCACUGCAAAUGCCAGAAGGACUUACGAUGUGGGCCACUGCAAUUGCAGAUAUAAUUGAGCGCUUCACUACAGCGACGACCGUCAUCAUGGGAGACGUAACGUACGGUGCAUGUUGUGUGGAUGACUAUACCGCUAUGGGUCUUGGUUGCGACAUGCUUGUGCAUUACGGGCACAGUUGCCUUGUUCCCGUGGACCAAACCAUGAUUCGCACCCUUUACGUUUUCGUUGAAAUCAGCGUCGAUGCUGAGCAUCUUCUCCAGACUGUGCGCUACAAUUUUCCCAGUACUAGGGACGAAUUUUACAACAAGGUCCUCACUGCACCGGGCGAGCGAAAUGCACCCGCGGCAGUAGCGGUGGAAAUGACAGGCGGUAUGACAGGCGGCACCGAGCUCGAGAUGGAAUCGCCUCGCACACGCAUUGCACUUGUCGGCACCAUUCAAUUUAUUGCAGCCAUUCAAUCCAUCCGCGAACGACUCACUCUUGGUGAUACGGACGCACCCACUAUACCUGUCGACGAGAAAGAAAUUUCGGAGACGCAAGACAAAGCAUUGGUCCGCUACGACGGCGACCAUUUGAAGCACGCGCGGUAUGAAGUGACGGUGCCGCAGAUUAAGCCGCUGAGUCCAGGCGAAAUUCUAGGCUGCACAUCACCCAAGCUGGAUCACACCAAAAUCGAUGCAAUAUUGUACGUGGGCGAUGGUCGCUUUCAUUUAGAAUCUAUUAUGAUUGCGAAUCCGCGCAUUCCUGCAUUCCGGUACGAUCCUUAUACCAAACGUUUGCAGCGCGAAUUGUACGAUCAUCCUGAGAUGCGCCGUCUGCGAAGGGCAGCCAUUUUUGAAGCCUCUGCAUCACUUGAAAGCUCAGAAGAAGGCGUUGAACAAGCAGCAAAACCUGGAUGGGGCCUUGUGCUUGGGACUCUUGGUCGUCAAGGAAGCACAAAAGUCCUGGAUUAUCUGGGCGAAGUGCUGUCUUUGCGCGAUGCAACUGUGAAACAUGUUCCUAUACUCCUCUCCGAACUUUCUCCGCAAAAAAUAAGCCUUUUUGGCGAUCACCUUUCCGUGAUUGUGCAGACGAGCUGUCCUAGGCUGUCGAUCGAUUGGGGCUCGGCCUUUCCUAAGCCGCUGCUUAGCCCGUACGAGGCUGCGGCUACGCUUGGUCGUGCUCCAAUGUGGUCAGAUAAGGAUAAUGCGCUUGGCAUGGUCCGAUACCCCGGAACACGGCCGGACAACGCGCCAGAAGAAGCGGCAGAAAAAAACGUUUCAGACUAUCCUAUGGAUUUCUACGCCAAUGCAUCGUUAGGUCCAUGGACUCCGCGUCAUGGACUCGGCGUUGCUAAAAAGUCUGGGCGCAGCAACCGCGCAUUGCUCCAGUCCAUGGGCAUCCGUAUCCGCCAAUCUGAAGCAAGGUAG